UCAUUAUAAAUAUAGGGUUUUGUAUGUAGAGUUUGACAAGCCAUCCAAUAUUGUUUUUUAGGAAAACUAAAGCAAUAAGUCUCUCUCUCUCAUUAAGGACCCUAAAAAAUGGACUUCAAUGUUGAGUCUCCAGUUUCAUUUGAUUUAGGAGAUGACCUACUUCCUCUGCCAUCUCUUCCAUCGUCCUCCGCAAUCUCUAUGCCAGUGGACAACCGUCGUAAUGGUGUCUCCCAAAAUCAAAAAAAUGGCCGCCGGAAAAAGCCAUUGCCCAACACUUGCAAUGACAAUGGCAAUGAGAGCCCCAACGAAGAAAGAAAAAAGAAGAUAAUACAUAGAGAUGUGGAGCGGCAAAGAAGACAAGAAAUGUCUUCCCUUUAUACCACUCUUCGCUCACUUCUCCCUCUUGAAUACCUCAAGGGAAAAAGGUCAAUAUCCGACCACAUACAUGAGACAGUUAACUACAUUCAACAUAUGCAAGAAAGAAUUCAACAACUGUCUGAUAAAAGAGAUGAGCUAAGAAAACUCUCCAAUGGAACUACGGCCACCGUCGAUACGGCAAAAACACUUAAUUCCUCAGAAAGGGACUCUGUGGUGGUGAGGCCAAAAGAUGGAAUAGGAAUUCAAGUUGUAAUAGACACUGCCACAAAACAUAGGUUCCCUCUUUCCAACUUUCUUCAAGCUUUAGCUGCGGAAGGACUUGAAAUCCUCAGCUGCAUUUCCAACAGACUGAAUGAGAGGUUCAUUCAUACCAUUGAAUGCCAACCUAUUCUUAAUAAUGACGGCGUCUAUCCAAACAUCGAUGUGUUUGAGCUUCACCAUAAGUUAACGAAUUUGGAAUAUUUUCCUUUAGAUUAGAAAAUUAUUCAAUAUGAUUGUGUUGUUGUGACUACUCUUCCAAUAAUAUUUAACCCGGUCUUGAUAAUCAUCUGUUUUUUUAGUUU